AUGUAUACCUUGGCUCAAAGCACCGUUGAAAGUGCCUUCUACACAUCCGAUGGCACAGAAGACCAAGUCGUCUUGAGCAACAAAAGUUUCGACAGCAACAACUCGAACAACUACAUGCCGGUGCUUGUCAAGGUUGCUUCGCUCACUCCUUCGGAUUCUGAACGAGUCUCCCAAGAUUCUGAGAGCCAAGCGGGCCCAGAUGCAAUGGACAAUGGCGCAACCUGCCCCCCAGCUGAGCGGGAGCAGAUAGUGCCGACUAUCGUGGACCUGGAGUCGCCCUUGAUCGUCAAAGAAAUCAGUCCGCCGUCGACCAGCCCGGCAGUCCAAGCACCGGCAAUACCACUGAAUGUAGUUCCAGGUACGAGGCUCCCUGCCUCUACCAAGUUGCAGAAGAUGAUUCGCGAGACGAGCAACUUGAUUGUGUGUCCUGGUGUCUAUGAUGGUCUGUCGGCCCGCACUGCGAUCGAGGUUGGAUUUGACGGUCUCUAUAUGGUGAGAUGACCUUCUUAUCCUAUUACCUCCAGCAACACCUAAGCUGACUUGUCAUAGACAGGUGCAGGGACAAGCGCAUCUCGUCUCGGAAUGGCGGAUCUGGGACUUGCCACGCUUGCAGACAUGCGUGCUCAUGCCGAGAUGAUCUGUAGCUUGAAGCCCAAUGGUCCUCCGGUCAUUGCUGAUAUCGAUACCGGAUACGGCGUAAGUAGAAUUCCAAUGCAGAACACGAGUGAUGUUGUGCGUAUCUGACGUCAAAUCCAGGGCGCCAUGAUGGUCUAUCGCUCAGUGUGCGAAUACAUCCGUGCUGGCGUUGCAGGCUUCCAUCUUGAAGAUCAACUGCUCGAGAAACGUUGCGGUCAUCUCAAGGGCAAAGCUGUCGUGUCUGCCGAAGAGUGGUACACCCGCAUCCGAGCCGCGCAAAUGGCUAAGCGAGACAUGGGCUCCGACAUCGUACUCAUAGCUCGCACGGACGCUCUCCAGUCGCGAGGAUACGAUGAGUGUAUUGUACGCUUAAAAGCUGCUCGCGACUUGGGCGCUGACGUUGGUCUCCUGGAGGGCUUUACCAGCAAAGAGCAAGCGCGCCAGUGCGUCAAGGACCUGGAAGGCUGGCCGCUACUACUCAACUCAGUCGAGAAUGGAGCUAGCCCGCUCAUUACCGUCGAUGAAGCACGCGACAUGGGCUUCCGCAUCAUGAUAUUCAGCUUUGCCAGCAUUGCACCUGCCUACCAAGCCAUUCGGGCAACUUUCCAGAAGCUGAAGACCGAGGGUAUCCUUGGCACCAAGGGCGAAAUCACGCCGCGCAAAAUCUUCGAAGUCUGUGGCUUGGAGGACUUAGUGGAAAUUGACUCAGGGGCCGGAGGAAGCAGCUUCAAGGCAGGCGUCUAA